AAGCAACAUGAUACAAACUGAUUUCUACUGUAUAAAUACUGAAGAAGAAGGUGUCCAUCCCUUAGCUUAGCUUUUAAGUCGCAGCCAUGGCCACCCACGCAGCUCUUGCUUCUUCAAGAAUCCCCACCAACCCCAGGUUUCAAUCAAAGAUCACCCACUCUUUCCCGUCUCAAUGCUCCGCAAAGAGGGUAGAAGUGGCUGAGUUCUCUGGACUUCGAUCCAACACAUGCAUCACAUACAGCAAAAAUGGGAGGGAAUCAUCCUUUUUUGAUGUUGUGGCUGCUCAACUUACUCCCAAGAGUGGAGCUGCAUCAACUCCUGUGAGAGGAGAAACAGUGGCAAAACUGAAGGUGGCAAUCAAUGGAUUUGGACGCAUUGGCAGGAACUUCCUCCGAUGCUGGCACGGACGCAAGGACUCGCCUCUUGAUGUAAUUGUCGUCAAUGACAGUGGUGGUGUCAAGAAUGCUUCACACCUGCUGAAAUAUGACUCAAUGCUGGGAACUUUUAAAGCUGAUGUCAAAAUUGUAGACAACGAAACAAUCAGCGUUGAUGGUAAGCCCAUCAAGGUUGUCUCCAACAGGGACCCUCUCCAGCUUCCCUGGGCUGAUCUUGGCAUUGACAUUGUUAUUGAGGGAACAGGAGUGUUCGUUGAUGGGCCAGGAGCUGGGAAGCACAUCCAAGCUGGCGCUAAGAAAGUUGUCAUUACAGCUCCAGCAAAAGGUGCAGAUAUCCCAACUUAUGUUGUUGGUGUUAAUGAGAAAGAUUACUCUCAUGAGGUUUCUGACAUUAUAAGCAAUGCUUCUUGCACCACAAACUGUUUGGCUCCGUUUGUGAAAGUUUUGGAUGAAGAAUUUGGAAUUGUGAAGGGUACAAUGACAACUACUCACUCCUACACAGGAGACCAGAGACUUUUGGAUGCUUCACACAGGGACUUGAGGAGAGCCAGGGCUGCAGCACUGAACAUAGUGCCAACAAGCACAGGUGCUGCCAAGGCAGUAUCCCUUGUGCUACCCCAGCUGAAAGGCAAACUGAAUGGGAUUGCCCUUCGUGUCCCAACACCAAAUGUAUCAGUUGUUGACCUUGUUGUGAAUGUUGAGAAGAAAGGCAUCACAGCUGAGGAUGUGAAUGCAGCUUUCAGAAAAGUUGCUGAGGGACCAUUGAAGGGCAUCUUGGAUGUGUGUGAUGUUCCUCUUGUCUCCGUUGACUUCAGAUGCUCUGAUGUUUCUUCCACCAUUGAUUCUUCUCUCACCAUGGUCAUGGGAGACGAUAUGGUCAAAGUUGUUGCCUGGUAUGACAACGAAUGGGGUUACAGCCAAAGGGUGGUUGAUUUAGCACAUUUAGUGGCAAGCAAGUGGCCAGGAAUGACUGCAGCAGACAGUGGAGAUCCAUUGGAAGACUACUGCAAGACAAACCCAGCUGAUGAGGAGUGCAAAGUUUAUGAAAAUUAAUUCUUCUUACUUACCAGGGCAGCCAAAUUUUUCAAUUUUUUUUUUUCUUCUUCAGAAAAUACUUCUAAAAAUAUUAUGUAAUGACAAUUUGAGGGAGACAUAACAGAAAUUUCCAAUAAUUUAUGUCAAACCCACUGCUCCAAACAUGGAUGGAAUAAUCCUUGUUCAUCAAGUUUAUGAAAUCAGUUCAAGCA